AAGCCCUCUCAGCUCUCUGCACACUGCGCUCAUUGUCUGAGAUGCUCCACACCGGCUGAGCUGACGUGGAACCGCCUCCCUGGCCUCUUUCAGCCCAGGUGCCGGUGUCUUCCAGAAGGAGAGGGCAUGAGUGGCGGAGGAGCACCCUUCUACCCCGACUCCCCAGGGGGGCAGACACCUUCCUAUUAAUGAAUACGGUGCUGGCUUUGACACAAAGUCAGGUUCAUCUCCACUUCUCCAGAGUGAUACCAGGCUUGAGGUCCUCUGCCAGUAUGGGGGUACUUCUCAUUCCUUCUUUACCCUCAGCCCCUUAAGGGCAUUCCCAACGUCAUUAAUCCUUCUACUGGGGAGCAUGGCCUCAAACAAGUGGAGAAACUGAGCCCCGGAAGAGCCUUGACAGGUCCCACAGCCAGUAGUGGCACUGCUGGGACAGACGCCCAAGUCCAGGAGAAAAGAUGUGACAGGGAGGGAGUGUCCAUUCACCGUCUACUAGCAUGGCGACCUCCUCCCAGUAUCGCCAGCUGCUGAGUGACUAUGGGCCUCCAUCGCUAGGCUACACCCAGGGAACUGGAAAUAGCCAGGUGCCUCAGAGUAAAUAUGCAGAGCUGCUGGCCAUCAUUGAAGAGUUGGGGAAAGAGAUCAGACCCACGUAUGCAGGGAGCAAGAGCGCCAUGGAGAGGCUAAAACGAGGCAUCAUUCAUGCCCGAAGCCUGGUUCGGGAGUGCUUGGCUGAAACGGAACGGAACGCCAGGUCCUAGCCCCUGGCCAGUCUGCAGGCCCAUCUCACUACCCCAUGGAGAUGAGAGGCUUUGUUCAAGAUGGCAGUAAUUUUUCUACCACAGUCAUUAAGCUCUGAACCCACACUCAAAAGAUUGGGAAGACAUUUUGCAGUAACUGACGAUGUGCAUUUUAAGUAGUUAGGAAUGACCCAGCUCUUUUUUCUUUUCAAGCAUUUGAAAGAUGUUUGUCAAGCCACUUCACAGCAAGCUAUUGUUUGUCCCCAAAUACCAGUGUCCCCUUUAACCUCCCUUUGGAUAUAUUUUCCAUUUGCAUCACCCCAGUUGACUUCCUUUCCAUGAGCUCACCUGCCUCUGAGGAGUUGAGUGCAGACCACAGCACGUUUGCUUAGUAGCUGGCCUGCCUGUGUACAGUGUAGACCCUGCUUCACGGAGCUUCUCUGCUUAAGCGUUUGCAUGACUGAGUGCUUUGAAGUCAAUCUUUAAAAUGCACAGGUUAUAAAUACAGAAGAAAGAGCAAUCCACCCAACCUACCAAGCACCCUGCAAAUGUCCGUCCUGAGACUAGAUCUCAGUUCCGUGUUUACUGUGAGCCGAUCACAACAUCUGGAAGAAAACGACUGAAACGUUGCAUCUUUGUAUUUAUUACUUGAUGUAAUAAAGCUUAUUUUCAUUAACA